UCAAUAGUAGCGGUGCGCGGCUGAGAGCGAUGUCAGAUCGAUACGAUAAAUGGCAUUCUAUGAUUGGUGGAUGAAAAUCAAUAGAGGUAGACCGAUUUUAUCGAUUUUGUACGAGACCCUAAAAUACAAUUUUAUUUUGACUGUGCAACGUAUCGAUAGUAGUGAACUGUGCGCUGAUUUUUAUCUUUGCGAAACUUAUAGUUCAACAAUGACAGACUCGUCCGAAAAUUAUCAGCUGAAAUGGCAUUCCUACAGUUCUCAUCUUCAUUCAUGUGUGGCUUCGUCUCUUACAACCGAAACGUUUGCGGAUGUCUCGCUUUGUACAAUGGACGGUCAUUUCAUCAUGGCUCAUCGUUUUGUUCUCUCGGCAUGUAGCCAAUACCUUCACCAAGUCCUCAAGCAUCAGCAAAAAAUGACUACAACGUUACCAUUAGUUAUAAUAUUACCGCCAGAAAUAAGUUACAGAACCAUCAAAACUUUGAUAAACUACAUGUACAGCGGUGAAACGACUGUUUCGAAGGAUAUUUUGGAAAAUGUGUUGAAAGGCGGCGAUAUUUUGAAAGUAAAAGGUUUAUGGAGACCAAAGGAAGAUCGUCCAAACGAAAAAAAGUUAGCAAAAGUACAAGAGCAGCUUAAUGGUACAAAGAGUGUGUCUGGAAAUGUUACGCCAACAAGCACUGCCAGUGAAACGGUUACCGACAUAACAAAGCAGACGGAAUCCUCAACAGAACAGUCCCCUGCAAUUAAGAAAUCCGACCUGCCUAACAAAAAUGCCGUAACUGAGAACACAGAAACCAGUGCAUCCCCAAAGGAUCUCAACCGCACAGAAAAUCGUGAUGAAAAAAUUACUACACUAGCAAUUAGUGGCUUGGGACAGUCCUCAAACUUACAAUAUUUAGUUAUUAAAGAUGAACCAAUCGAAUGGAGCGAAUUAGAGGAGGAAGAAAUGGAAAUCCUAGAAAAUGCGGACAUGUUUAAUACGGAAGUUGACAUCAAGCCCGAAGUAAUAAUGAAUGAUAAUGAAGAAAAAGAAGAGGAGCUGUACUCUCCAUUGACAUGUGAGCUGUGUUCCGAAACAUUCACAUUACCUGCCGAAUGGGUUCGUCACAUUCAAACACAUACCGACAUGCUACCGGCCAAACGACAAAGAAGAGGCAGAUCGACAGAUGAAGAUUCCGAGACAUUCCCACCAUUGCACUGCGACAUGUGUCAAAAGUUUUAUGCAACUCCAGCUGAAUGGGUUCGGCACAUACAGAAUGCUCACACCGAGUUCGAAUUGCGUGUAUCGAAUAAGACACUGCCCACGAAACCGAUCAGAGUUAGCCGGCAAGAGGGCUCCACGCAUAAAAUAUGCACGAUGUGUAAUAAAAAGUUUCCUUCACACGCAUCGAUGCUCAUACACAAACGCACCCACACAGGCGAGAAGCCGUACAUGUGCGAGCAUUGCCAAAAGGGAUUUAAUGUGAAAAGCAACUUGUUGCGGCACUUGCGCACUCUUCACGAUAAAAUCGUCAGCUCAACAGAAGUCGAUUAUAAGGACGACGGAAAAAGUUCCAGUAACAGUGAUUUUUAAACUCCUAUUUUGAUAACUCUCACUGUCUUAUCAAACAAUGAAAUUAUUAUGUGGGUACCUAUCUACUUAAAAUCACGUAUCCAAAUUGUUAUUAUCUAAACUAAAUGCUUCCAAAUUGUUUACAUCUAUGUUUGUAAAUUAUUCUGAGUGAAAAAAUUAAAUACUUUAAA